UGUGGUAUACAAAUUGGCCAAUUUGUCUGUCUUCUGGGACCUGAGGGGCUCUUGCUGGGACUCAUGGCUUAUGACCGCUAUGUGGCCAUUAGCCACCCACUUCACUAUCCUGUCCUCAUGAGUCAGAGGGUCUGCCUCCAGAUUGUCGGGAGCUCUUGGGCCUUUCGGAUAAUAGAUGGUGUGAUCCAGAUGGUGGUAGUAAUGACCUUUCCCUACUGUGGCUUGAGGGAAGUGAACCACUUCUUUUGUGAGAUGCUAUCCUUGUUGAAACUGGCCUGUAUAGACACAGCCAUUUUUGACAACGUUAUAUAUGCUUGCUGUAUCUUCAUGCUGUUUCUUCCCUUCUCCAUCAUUGUGGCCUCCUAUGCUCAUAUCCAGAGUGCAUGUUCUGCUCAGGCUGGCAAAAAGGCCCUGGCCAUCUCUUCCUCCCAUCGGACACCUGUCUUCCUCUUCUAUGGGGCAGCCAUGUUCAUCUACCUGAGGCCCCGGCGCUACCGGGCCCCUAGCCAUGACAAGGUGAUCUCUAUCUUCUAUACCAUCCUUACUCCUAUGCCCAGCCCCCUUAUUUAUAGCUUGAGAAACCAGGAGGUGAUGGGGGCCCUGAGAAAGGCGUUGGACCAUUGCAGGAUUGGCAGCCAGCACUGA